CGCGGGUCGGGCCGUGCCCACAGCAAACGCCGGGCUCCGAGCCGCUUGCCGCCGCCAAGGCGCCCGGGCGCGCGGAGAGGAUGUCCCAGUAACUCCUGCGGGAGCCGGGCGCCCCGGAGAGGAUGAUGCUCCUGAGGAGGGGUCCCAGGCCUUGGCGCUCGUGGCUACUGCAGGCUCCGGCUACCGGGGGUCGCGCGUACCCGCGGCUGCCGACGCCCCAGAUUUUGCGUGUGAAGGUAUGUGGAAAUCUGAAAUAUUAUCUAUCACCCCUUUAUAGUACGGUGGUGCCAUCUGAUGAAAUUACAGUUAAUUAUAGAUAUGGCCUUCCUUUGAUAACACUGCCUUUGCCAUCCAGAAGAGAGCGAUGUCAAUUUGUAGUCAAACCAAUGUUAUCAACAGUUGGUUCAUUCCUUCAGGAAAUACAAAACGAAGAUAAAGGUGUCAAGACUGCAGCCAUCUUCACAGCAGGUAUAUAUGGCAGCAAGAUUCCUGCUUCAACUUUGAUGGGAAUUUUGCUAAUGAGUGAUUUUAAACUUGUCAUCAAUAAAAUAACAUACGAUGUGCAGUGUCCCAAGCAAGAAAAACUGAGUAGUGAGCACGCUACUGAGAUGGAAACCAUGAUGUCUUUGGUUCAUAGACUGUUUACAGCCAUACAUUUUGAUGAGUAUCGGAAAAAGAAAGAGAACCAUUUACUGGAGAAAAUUGACCACCUGAAGAAACAACUGCAGCCCCUCGAACAGCUGAAAGCCAGAGUCGAAGGUCGCUCUGAAGCCAGAAUCAGCAGACUCCUGUGGACUGGAUUAGCACUGCUGUCCAUUCAGGGUGGGGCACUGGCUUGGUUCACUUGGUGGGUGUACUCUUGGGACAUCAUGGAACCAGUUACAUACUUCAUCACAUUUGCAAACUCCAUGGUCUUUUUUGCGUACUUUCUAGUGACUAGACAGGAUUAUACUUACUCAGCUGUUAGUGGUAGACAGUUUCUUCACUUCUUUUAUAAGAAAUCGAAGCAAGAGCAUUUUGAUGUGGAGCAGUACAACAGGUUAAAAGACGACCUUGAUGAGGCUAAAGAAGCCCUGAAACGCUUGCGCCAUAUUCUCUAUUUUCGAUUGCCAGUGGAGGAACUCAAUGACAAGAAUUAAUCUUACAUUUUUAUAUGUCACUGAAUUUUUCCAUUUUGCAACUGAGAAACUGGAAGUUUUUGAGUCUCAAAGUUCAUUUCAAUUUGACUGUUUGAAUCGUUUUUUUAGUUCAUAAAAGAUUCUUGUCAAAUAUAAGUACUCUUUGAAGUUCUGAUUUGAGAUUUUUGAUUUGUCAAUUUCCAUGACUUGCUGAGGCUGAAUGUUAGAAAAUGCUUGGGUGCAUCCAUCAAAACCAAAGUGGCUGCUGCUGCUGUUUGGCUCUUUAUCUAAGAGCCCUCAUUAGCCUGUCCUGGGUUUGUUCCCCUAUGGAAAUGAAAACGGUCAGUGUGCUUGGCAUUGACUUUCAUGCUUAGGCCUCCUUUAGAUUCAUUGUGUCAUAGAAUUUCUUUUUUAAUAUGCAGUAGCUGAAAGUAAGCUCUUUAUUAUUAAAUAUAGCUAAAGUUAUUAUAAAAUGUUUGAAUCAUUUGAAACUUUUUAUCUUAAUAUUUAAAACCAAACAAAACCUGUAGGUGUGAGAUAGAUACUAUUUAUCAUUUGUGUCAGGUACUGUUCUAGGCAUUUUAAACCUGUUGCUGUGGAGUUGAUUGCAACUAAUAGCGAUUCUAUAGGACAGUAGAACUACCCCAUAGGAUUCCAAGGCUGUAAUCUUUAUGGGGAGCCUUGGUGGCCCAGUGCGUAAGAGCUAUGGCUGCUAACAAAAAGGUCGGCAGUUUGAAUCCACCAGCUGCUCCUUGAAAACCCUCUGGGGCAGCUCUACUUUGUCCUAUAGGGCUGCUAUGGAAGCAGGCUGCUACAUCCUUCUCCCGCUCUAGGCACUUUAUAUAUAGAUUAUCUGUAAUGCUCUAAUCCUACAAGUUUUUUUUUUUUUGGAAUUGUACUUUAGAUGAAGGUUUACAGAACAAACUAGCUUCUCAUUAAACAGUACACAUUUUAUUACACUGGUUAAGAACCCCAUGACAUGCCAACACUCUCCCUUCUCAACCUAGGGUUCCCUAUUACCAGCUUUCCCGUUCCCUCCUGCCUUCUAGUCCUUGCCUCUGGGCUGGUCUGCCCCAUUAGUCUCAUUUUGUUUUACGGACCU